AUGGCUACUGCUGCGGAGGCCGAUCUGGCCCGUAUGGGCUAUAAAUCGGAACUGCCCCGAAGUUUGAGCAUGAUGAGCGUUCUUGGGCUUUCCUUUGCGAUCAUGGCUGUGCCUUUCGGAUUGAGCACGACAUUUUACAUCACACUCGCAGACGGUCAGAGUGUAACGAUUCUAUGGGGCUGGGUCUUAGUGUCUUUGAUAUCUCUCUCAAUUGCAGCUUCAUUGGCCGAGAUUUGUGCUGUGUUUCCUACUGCUGGAGGCGUAUACUAUUGGGCGGCUAUGCUCAGCACCAAGAAAUAUGCUCGAUUGAGUUCUUGGAUCACAGGUUGGUUGACUCUGGUUGGCAACUGGACUGUCACCACAUCGAUCAACUUUUCGGGAGCACAAUUGAUCUUGAGCGCAAUUAGUCUCUGGAACGAGGACUUUGUGCCUAACGCGUGGCAGACAGUACUGAUGUUCUGGUGUGUUAUGCUUAUCUGCAUGCUCCUCAACAUUUUCGGCUCCAAGUACCUGGAUUUGUUCAACAAGAUCUGCAUCUACUGGACUGGAGCUAGUGUAAUCAUCAUCAUGGUCGUCUUGCUGGCCAUGUCAGACAACUACAGAAGUGGAGAAUUUGUCUUUGCUCACUACGAUGCGAGUGAUAGUGGUUGGCCGAGUGGUUGGGCUUUCUUUGUUGGUCUACUUCAGGCUUCGUAUACUUUGACUGGUUACGGCAUGGUCGCUGCAAUGUGUGAAGAAGUUCAGAAUCCCGCCCGAGAGGUGCCCAAGGCAAUUGUUCUGUCUGUCGCUGCCGCAGGUGUUACUGGUGUUUUGUACCUGAUUCCGAUUCUUUUCGUGCUACCCGACGUGCAAAUGCUUCGGGACGUCGCCAAUGGUCAGCCUAUUGGUCUUUUGUUCAAGACGGUCACAGGCUCCGCAGCCGGUGGCUUUGGACUGCUAUUCCUGCUUCUUGGUAUCCUUUUCUUCGCUGGUACCGGUGCUCUGACAGCCGCCAGUCGUUGCACAUACGCUUUUGCUCGUGAUGGCGCAAUUCCUGGAUCUCGUAUCUGGUCUCGAGUUGACAAACGAUUCGAUAUUCCUCUCUGGGCUUUGGUUCUGUCGACUGUGGUUGAUUGCUUGCUGGGUCUGAUCUACUUCGGUAGCACUGCAGCCUUCAACUCUUUCACUGGAGUAGCCACAAUCUGCCUCUCGACCUCAUAUGGAUUGCCGAUUCUGGUCAGCGUAUUGCGUGGACGCAAGAUGGUCGCUCACUCCUCCUUCUCUCUGGGUCGUUUUGGCAUGGCAAUCAACGUGCUCACCCUCUGUUGGAUCGCCUUGGCUGUCGUCUUGUUCAGCAUGCCGGUCACGCUGCCAGUCGACCCGAGCUCUAUGAAUUAUGCAUCUUGUGUAUUCGCAGGCUUCGCUGCCAUUAGCGUAGUAUGGUACUUCAUCCGCGGACGCAAAGCAUUCACUGGGCCACCAGUUCCUGCUGAUGCUGAUGUUGAUGUCAGUAGCGAUGUCGGUGUCGUCAAAGGCCAAGCUGUGGAUUCUGACUUGGAGAAGAGUUCGAGCGCUGUGCACAAGAAGAUGGUUAAUGAGCCAACGAAGACUAUGAUUUGA